CUCCUGCCAGAUUGACUUCCACCUAACCACCAUUGUGACAACGACAUUUUCCAAUGGACCUUUGGGUCCAUCUCAUCUCCUGGUUCCUCUCCAUUAAUUCCAUUGAAUCUAAUGGGAAAGUCCUCACUCCUCCCCCCGGGGGCAAUGACACAGAGAUGCGAGUGAUCAAAGGCUUUCCUUGUUCAACCAACGAUUUCCCCUUCAUGGUGCUGCUGGCUGGGAAAUCAAAGCCUGCAGGAUGGGCGAGACUGUGUGGAGGAUCCCUGAUAAAUGCGGUUUGGGUGUUGACUGCAGCUCACUGUGUGGUUGAAAACCGUGAUUAUGCGGUCUUGGUUGGGCUAAACAGCCCUGGAAAAGCACGAACAGAUAUCGUGUUGGUUAGAGGAAUCUACUCGCAUCCGCAAUUUGAUCGGCUGGAUUUUUCCCAUGAUAUUUCCAUGCUGAGGUUGGAUGAACGCGUGGAAGUGUCCGACUACAUUGAGUAUGUGCAACUUCCCAGAGUCCUUGCAACGAAGGAACCAAUCGUCCCGUGCUCCCAAGCGAUGAUUAUGGGCUGGGGGAAAACUGAGUCCAGCAUUCCAGACUUGGACAACCUGCAAUGUGCAUUCGUUCCCAUGUUGGCGAUAGAUAAAUGUCAGGAAAUCUUCAGGAGGCACCAUGCAGUGGAUAUGAGGGACGACUUCUUCUGCACAUUGUCAGCAGAUGGAGUGGACGCAUGCCAAGGAGACUCUGGAGGACCGCUUCUGUGUGAUUCGGUACAGGUAGGAAUCGUGUCCUGGGGUAUCGAUUGCGGGAAACCGAACAAUCCCGGCGUCUACACCCGAACAGACAUCCACCUGAGGUUCAUAACGCACGUGAUGAAGAAUAAAGCGGCUCCACCCAACUCCUUGCGACUCCCCCUUUUUAUGGCUGCACUGUAUAUGAUAAAACGCUAAUAAAAUUACGCCAUGUAACCGA